CAGGUAAUGAUCAGCUGACUUACAAAGCGUCUUCUACAAACCCGACACAGUGCUGCCACUCAUAGAUUUCAAAUAACCUUUCCUUUGUCAGAAGAUUCUUAAUUGUGAGACAGAUAUGUAGCGUGAAAGUAAUUAGGUUAAACGUAGAAAAUUAAAAUAAAUUUUUAAAAUGCGUGCAGCAAUUGCAAUAUUUUGUGUUUUUUUGGGAUGCUGCACUAAUGUAGUUUUUUUGGAACUGCUUGUUAAAGAUGACCCAGGUAGUGGAAAUCUUAUUACAUUUUCACAAUUUCUCUUCAUAGCCAUAGAAGGAUUUUUAUUUACUUCAAAAUGCGGAACUGUAAAACCCAAUGUCGGUAUAAAAGAUUAUUUUAUAUUAGUGACAAUGUUUUUUAUUGCAAAUGUUUGUAAUAAUUAUGCAUUUGAUUUUAAUAUACCAAUGCCUCUUCAUAUGAUCUUCAGAGCUGGUUCUCUGAUAGCUAACAUGAUAAUGGGUAUUAUAAUAUUAAAAAAACAUUAUGCAUUUAGUAAAUACUUAUCUGUCAUGAUGAUAACUUUUGGAAUUGCAAUAUGUACUAUUGUCAGUGGCAAAGAUAUCAAAUCCUUGCAAUCUAAGCAUGUUGAACAUGUUCCAACAACACCAUGGGAUGAUUUUUUUUGGUGGAUGUUAGGUAUUACAUUAUUAACUAUUGCAUUAUUUGUCUCUGCUAGAAUGGGUAUUUAUCAAGAAGUUUUACAUGCAAGAUAUGGAAAAAAUGCAAGAGAAGCUUUAUAUUAUACGCAUUUAUUACCAUUGCCAUUUUUUUUAACUUUGAUAUCUAAUAUCAAGGACCAUUUAGUAUUGGCAAUGGCAUCAGAUCCAUUGAUUAUACCUGUGAUUAAUCUAUCUGUGCCAAAAUUAAUUGCUUAUUUAAUUGGAAAUGUUCUUACACAAUAUAUUUGUAUAAGUUCUGUAUUUGUGUUAACUACUGAAUGCAAUUCUCUUACAGUAACACUGGUAAUAACGUUACGAAAAUUCCUUUCUUUAAUUUUUUCUAUUAUUUAUUUUAAGAACCCAUUCACUGUGUACCAUUGGAUUGGUACAUUUCUAGUCUUUGUAGGCACUGUAAUAUUUACAGAAAUAAUACCGAAAGUCUCUCAGAAUCUGCAAUACAUUACAAAGAAAGAAAAAGUACAAUAAGAAAGUAUAUAGUCUCAAUUUUUUAUUUAAACGAAGUUAUGGAAAUAAAUGAAUGGAUGUGUUACUGGACAAGAUAUUUUUUCAUUAAGCUUAUUAUGGAGUGACAUACAAAGUUACUUUAAUAAAUUAAAAUUGUAGUUUUUACUGAAAAAUUUUAAUUACUAAUGCUGCUAUAUCAAAAAUAUACCUGAGAGUAUUUAUAGUUGAAUUCAUGUGAAUAUAAGAAAUAUAUUAAUGGGUUUAAUUGGUAUGGUAUAAAGUAUUGUAAUAAAUGAAGUAUCAUUUCUUUUUAGUUCUUUAGUUUUUUUAUUUUACUAAUUAAAUAAAACGAACAUGAUAAUCUUA